CGCGUGCGGUCACGUAUCAGUGUUGUUGCGGUCAGAGCGGCAACAACAGCACCAACAACAGCAACAACCGCAGCUCCGACCCACCCCGGUGUGGCCAGCCCAUUCACCCAGCCAGCCAGCCAGCGUGUGGGGGAACCGAUUCUUGGGCAAUCCUCCGAAGAACGGUGUAAUUCUUAGAGACCUCACCGCCCAGCCCACCCACCUUGAAGGAGUGGUCGCCCGUGGACCGUGAAAUCGUGACCCAAUACUGUGCCCGUGUGUGCGUGUGUGUGUGUGUGUGUGGUGGAGUUAGUGCCAAAUCGCGUGCGCCGCGUUUUCCUUACCGUUAAAUCGAGGUGAGAGCGAAAGAGAGAGGUGUGUGACCCGGAGGGUGCGGAGCCGCGGAGAUGAAGCUGGCGGGUGGAAUGCUGGUGCUGCUGGUGGCGUCGCUGGCCCUGGCCAGCCCCCUGGACGACAGCCACCGGGCGGCACUGUUCCGCCGAACCCGCAUCGGUCCCAAAGUCUACAAGCACGAGGACCAGAGCCGCCCCGGCAUCCCGGUCGCCGACAACAGCCAGGACACGCCCGUGGCGUCCGGUGAGGUGUCGGCGCGCGCCGCCAAGCCACCGGCCAAGGAGUCGCCAGCGCCCAGCGAUGAUACCUCGACGCCGGCGGCGGGAGUUCCGUCACCCGGCAAGCCCGGACUGAAUCGGUUAUUCGCCCGCAAGAAGUACAGUCCGCUGUUGCGCUCCGAUGGUUCCCUGAAGGGUGCGGCCAGUGAAUCGGCGACGACGGUCCCCAGCUCCACGGAGAGCGCAGCGGACUCGGGAGCUCCGUCAGAUGGGCCCGGCACUUCGGUGGCCACCAGCACGCGCCGCACACGCCCAACGCGCCCCGGAAAGGUGCCUCGGGUCACCUCACCCAAGCCGACCGUCUCCGUGAAGCCGACGAAGAUUUCGUCCCGCUUCUCGAAACCGACCUCGGAACCGACCGACAGUACGGUGACCCCCGUCACCCAGAGGACGACGCGCGGCCGACGGACGCGCCCCUCGAAGCCAGCGAAGGGUGGACCGGUUCCGGUGACGGAAGCUGCCAGCACUACUAGCACCGCGCCUCCCACAACUUCCACGACGACCACGACAACAACAACGACGCCUGCUCCAACCACCUCCACCAGCACCUCCACCACAACUGUUGGCCCCACAACUUCGACGGCGGCCGAUCCUGUGGUGUUGGUCGAAGGCACCUCCGUCGUUCACUCGUCGGUGAGGGGCGAAAGUAGCUCCCCGGCCGCGAGUCCUGCGACAACCGUGACAACUCCCACGACGACAACAUCGAAGACGACGUCCACUGCGCCACCGGGUGACGCGGACGACGACGAUGAGGUUCCGGCCCCGAUCACCACCAACGGGCAGCAGCAACCCUCGGAGCCGGUCGCCCGCCCCGAACGGGACGAUGAGACGCUCGUGUUCAGUCGGGCACCGAGCGGUCCCAAAUCCGACCGGGUGAUUCCGGUCGUCGAACGGCACGACGAUGCGUCCGCCGAGGACGACGGCAUCCUGAGGGCUGCCGCCAGCUUUGAACGGAAGUAGAGGUGUCAAUACAAGGCGCCGACGCCGUUCGUUUCCUUCCUUCGCUCUUCGGCCGCGUUCGCGCGGGGGCUCACUCUCUCUGGCGAACGCAGGUGCGAAUGAAUAAAGAAUGGUACUC